AUGGCAUCUGCUGCAGAAGCUCACGGUGCGAAUGGCUUCAAUGGUCACCACCACCACCACCAAAAACAGCAGAGGACUCAUCUGAGCGAAGUCGGUACUCAUAUGGUAGCGGCAUCUGGUGAGUUUGUCGGUACUUUCUUCUUCUUAUACUUUGGCUAUGCCGGCAACGUCAUUGCUGUUCUUCAAGAGCCUGCCGCCGCUCCCAAUGGCACAUUGGCCAAUAACACUAUCAUCUGGAUCGCAAUGGCAUACGGAUUCUCACUCCUGGUCAACGUUUGGGCGUUUUACCGAAUCAGCGGUGGAUUGUUCAACCCAGCGGUAAGCUAUUAUACUCGUGGACAAGCUCGAUGUGCUGACGGCCGUGCUCCCCAGCUCAUGGCUUCAAUGUUCGCAGGUGGUCCAGUUGAAGCCAUGUUUCCCGGAAGCGCCUCGCAGGCAAAUACUACGCUCGGUCCCAAUACUUCGAUAGCGCAGGGUGUCUUUCUCGAGAUGUUCUUUACAGCUCAGUUGGUCUUCGUUGUCUUAAUGCUUGCCGCAGAGAAAUCCCGUGAUACGUUUCUCGCGCCAAUUGGCAUUGGUCUCUUUGUUUUUGUGGCCCUCAUUCCAGGUGUCUAUGUUACAGGCGGAUCGUUAAACCCUGUACGGUCUUUUGGCUGCGCUGUUGGUGACAGAGACUUCCCUGGCUAUCACUGGCUUUACUGGGUAGGACCUCUUCUUGGUGGUGCUCUUGCUGCUGGCUACUUCAGGCUUGUCAAGAUGAUGCACUACGAGGAAGCAAACCCGGGGCAGGACAGUCCAGUCGACGUCUAG